GCUCUCCUUUAAUUUUAAAUGGACACUUAAAACCUGUCAAGAAACCAAACGAGCUCUUCACUGAGUUCAUCAUCAUCAACAACAACCAAAUCGAUCCUUAAACCUAUUACUUCAACAAUGAAUGACACAGUAGACAAGCUGGUCAUCUUUCUAGCAAAGAGAGAUGGCAUUGACAAGCUUGUCAAGACCUUCCAAUAUGUCUCCAAGCUUGUUCACUGGCAAGUGGAAACCACUCACCCGGAUAUUGCAAAUAGGUUCAAGCAAUGGGAGGUUGCCUCGGGUCUUAGCAGAAAAGCCUUUAGAAGUGGCAGGUUCCUUACUGGUUUCAAUGCCCUGAGAAGAAACCCUGGCUCCAGUCCAACAUUCAAGUUCCUAGCCGUUCUUGCUAAUGCAGGAGAGAUGGUCUAUUUCUUUUUUGACCACUUUCUUUGGCUAUCAAGAAUUGGAACUUUGGAUGCCAAGUUGGCAAGGAGGAUGAGCUUCAUAUCUGCAUUCGGUGAGUCUUUUGGUUAUAUUUUCUUCAUUGUUUCAGAUUUCAUCAUCAUGAAAGAAGGGCUAGAGGCAGAGAGGAAGCUUAUUGCUUUAGCGGAAGAAGAUUCAAAAGAUGCAAAAGUGAAGAUAAGAAGCAUCAGAGCUGACAGGGUGAUGAGGUUGAUGGCAGUGGCAGCAAACAUUGCUGAUUUGAUUAUCGCACUAGCAGAUAUCGAGCCCAACCCAUUCUGCAACCAUGCUGUGACUCUCGGUAUCAGUGGACUGGUCUCAGCAUGGGCUGGUUGGUACCGAAAUUGGCCCUCCUAGAGGAAAAUUAUAGGGAAAACGAUGAACAAGGUCUGGGACAUGAAACUCUUUCAAAAACCUUGAUGUGUAACUAGCUCGAAAAUAGUGAGGAUUAUCGAUUUUGCGUUUGUUUUGUUCUAUACUUGGAAGGAGGGAUGGUUUUACACUUCUACUGCUAAAAUCAGCUUUAUGUUUUAAAAUGAAAAUGAUGGUACACAUUUAGUGAAAUAUUUCUUUCA